AUGUCCUACUACACCAUCCCCAUCUACGACCUGAUCAUAUCCACCCACAUCCCCACCCCCGUCCCCGUCCCCGGCACCCGCUUUCUCCCGCCCCCGCCGCCCACCCCCGGCCUCACCCUCCGCACCCGCCGCGCCACCUCCGCCCCUCCCCGCCUCCAACGCAACCCCCGGUACCGCGCCCUCUCCAACCAGCCCGCCACUCACCGCGUCCACUUCUUCGUGCCCGCGGAAGCAUCGCUCAGGCGCCUCAGGGAGGCAUGCAACUACCUCAACAUCGCCUACAUCUCCAGCGACACCCAUAUCACCCUUUUCCGCAGGCUCGCGCAGCGGAUGUGGCGGCUGCAGCCGCUGCCGCAUCGGCUGUUGGCGGCGGCGCCGUUGGACGGCUUUUGGACGGUCCCGAGGAGGAUCGUGUCUCCGCGGAGUGAUGGGCCGUAUUUGUGGGGGGUGGUGCCGCCGCCGAGAUGGGAGAUGGUGCAGUAUGGGCCGGUGGAGGAUGCGAGUGAUCGUGAGGAUUUGGAGUCGAGUGGGAGGGGGAGUAUGGCGGGGAGUGAGGAUGGGCGUGGUAGUUCUCAGGACGAGGAGGACGACGAGGACAACGGGGGCAGCGAGGACAGUGAGGACAGUGAGGAGUCAGAUUCUAAUGAGGAGGAGGAGGAGGAGGAGGAGGAGGAGCACCACGGUAGCAAUGGUUUUGGUGGUGGUGAUGAGGAUCAUGAUGAUUCUUUUGGGGGUGGUGGCCAUUCCCCGAGAUCUGACGACAACGACGACGACGACAACGACGACGAUCUCUAUGACUACGAAUUCAAAGGGGAGAGCGAGAGCUACACAGACGGUAUCCCAUUUGGUCCGGAGGACGCCCUUCAUGAUGGUGAUCCUAUCGCUUUGAGUACCCUCGAUAUUCUACAGCAGCGGAUCCAGAAUCUUUCGCAGUCGUUCCAGGAGGUUGAGCGGUUAAGGUCCUUAAAUAUAAUCGGCGGCACUGUAGAAACGUCCCAGGACGUGGAGGCCGAGUGGAGUGAGCUCAUGGGAGAGAUUGACCGCUCCCGCAGCGACGAACCCCAGGUCAGGCUCACGGACGCCUGCGGACCGACCUGGAAUCAGAGUCUGGACGGCAUCCUUGAGGACGAGGGUGAGGAAGAAGAGGAGGACCGGGACAGAAGAUCAGUGACGCACUACUGCGAUAGGUGGGAACGGCCAGUACAGCAGCGUUCAAGCCAACAAGAGGCAGAAGCACCAGCACCAGAAUCGGAAUCAUCUUCUUCUCCUUCUGAGCCCGUCACGCCGCCCGGCACAAACACCGGGCAGACCACCGACAUGCAGAACGACUACCUGCGCAACCUCGCAGUACCUGCUGAUCCUAGUGGCAUUGAUUCUGCGCCCAGAGUUCACAUCACGCGGAUCGCUGCCGCUCGGGAGGAGUAUCUGAAGCGUAGGCAGACGGCGCAGCUGUUUACGAAAUACACGUGGCUCACGCCGCCGGAGUUGGAUUAUACGGGUAUUGUGAGGAGGAGGGUUUGGGGGCCUCUGGAGCCCCAGGCGGCGUGGGGUAAUGAUCGGCAGGAUGGGGUGACUGUGCCGUUUUUGAGGUUGCCGUCGCCGGGGAUUCCGGUUGUUGGUGGUGGGAGAGGGGUGGAGGGGGAGGUGUUGAGGUAA